GGCAUCGCUAUUGUUUACUUACAACAAGCAAAACACAAGGCGGCUUCACAUUUACCGCCAAAAAGAAAGAAGCUGUUAACAAUAACAUAUAACUUAUUUGUUAAUACAGUGAUAUAGUAUUCAUUUCACAAUAUGGUGGAUGCCAGUAAAUUGCAACAAAAGCGCAAGCCGAGCGCUGACACAUUUCUGCCACUUAGCCGGGUGCGCACCAUCAUGAAGAGCUCCAUGGACACCGGCCUAAUUACCAAUGAAGUACUCUUCCUAAUGACCAAAUGCACUGAACUAUUCGUUCAGCAUUUGGCCCGGGAAGCGUACUCCGAAUCGUGCUCGAAACAAAGUGGCGAGACGCUCAAGUACGACCAUCUAUCACAGCUGGUCAACAAAAGCAAGAAUCUCGAGUUUCUGUUGCAAAUUGUGCCGGAGAAGAUACGUGUACACGAGUUCCAAGAGAUGUUGCGCCUGAAUCGCACCAGCAACAGCGAUGACGAUGAUGAAAGUGCAUCAGAAUCCGAUUCGGAAGCGGAUUGAAGCCUUUUUACAUACCAAAUACUUAUCUUGGCAGCAUAAUAUUUGUUGAAUUAAUUAGCAAUUUAAUUUGCCUCUCUAUUGAAAAUGUAAAAAAAUUUUAACUGUACCUCAAUUAUAUGUUUAGGUCAUAAGUCAUGAAAUUGAAUGCAAAUGCAACUACAUACAUAUGUACACAUAUAUAUAUAUAGAACUAAGAAAUUGUAAUGAAAUUCGCCCAUCAGUUGAAAUCGUAAAAUAAUGCGUAAGUUCUCAAUUACAUAUGUGUGUAUGUUAGGCUUAAGUCAUAAAAUUAUAUAAAAAUCUGCUCCCAAUAAAAAAGCAACCUGCACAUUUCUUUAUCCAAAUACAAAA